CUCCAGUCGCUCGAGGCCAUGCUGCGCACGCUCUACAGCCCCAUGCUCGCGAGCGACAGCAGGCACGUCUGGGGCGCGUCGAGCGACGAGCACAAGAACGAGUUCAUGGUCGGCGUCGAGGGCUUCGUGCGCAACGUCCAGGAGAACAUCAAGUCGCUCGGCGGCGGCCUGGAGCUGCAGCAGCCGAACCCGGACGUCGCGGACGUCGACGCCGUCACCGCGGCGGCGGACCCGGCCAUCGUGACGCACUACAUCGAGCUCCUGGAGGAGUGGUGCGCGUCCAUCGAGGUCUACCUCGGCGACACGGACCGUUCAAGAUGGGAGACGACGGACUCCGGGCCCGCGACGGAGCUCGAGUACUGGCGGCGGCGCAUGCAGCGGCUCACGUCCAUCACGGACCAGCUCAAGACGAAGCGCUGCAAGCAGGUCAUCGUAUUGCUGACGUCCGUGACGAAGCAGCCCGAGGACGCGAUGAUCAACCGGAACCACAUCCUGGGCCUCAUGCGCCGCUGGCGCCAGAUCGACGUCUGCAUCACCAAGGCCGCCAACGAGGCCAAGGACAACUCCAAGUUCCUGUCGACGCUCGAGCGCUUUCUGGAUCCGCUCCAGAGCGGCACGCCGGAGACGAUCGUCGACUCGAUCCCCGCGCUCAUGAACGCUUUAAAGAUGGUCCACACGAUCUCGCGCUUCUUCAACACGACAGAGCGCAUGACGAAACUGUUCAUGAAGAUCACGAACCAGAUGAUCCAGAGCUGCAAGCUCGCCAUCAACGGCAAGGACUCGCCGCAGAAGCUCUGGAGCCGGCCGACGGAGCCGCUGUUGGAGACGCUCGAGUCGUGCCUCCGGCUCAACGAGUUCUACCAGGAGCAGUACCGCGUGACCAAGGACAAGCUGCUGACCAUGCCCAAGGGGCGCCAGUUCGACUUCGCGGAGGCCCAGAUCUUCGGCAAGUUCGACCUCUUCUGCCGCCGCGUCAUCAAGCUCAUCGACAUGUUCUCGACGAUCCAGCAGUUCCACGCGCUCGUGGACCACAAGCUCGAGGGCAUGGAGCCGUUGCUCGUCGUCUUCGACCAGAUCAUCGUCCAGUUCAAGGAGAAGCGCCACGACCUGCUGGACUACCACAGCAACAAGUUCGACCGCGACUACGUCGAGUUCAACGUGCGCAUCGGCGAGCUGGAGACGUCGCUGCAGCACUUCAUCAACCGCAGCUUCGAGUCGAUCUCGUCCAUCGAGCAGUCCCUGAGCCUCCUGAAGAAGUACCAGUCGAUCCUCCAUCGCGAGAACCUCCGGAGCGACCUCGACUCGAAAUUCAUGAUCAUCUUCCACAACUACGGCCUCGAGCUGGCGUCGGUGCAGGAGACCUACGAGAACCACAAGCACAGCCCGCCGACGGCGCGGAACAUGCCGCCCGUCGCCGGGAACAUCACCUGGGCGCGGCACCUCCUGCGGCGCAUCGAGGACCCCAUGAGCCGGUUCCAGUCGAACUCGGCCGUGCUCGCGUCGAAGGAGUCGAAGCGCAUCGUGCGCACCUACAACAAGGUCGCGCGCACGCUCAUCGCCUUCGAGUACCUGUGGUACGAGGCCUGGUGCAAGAGCGUCGGCGCCGCGCGCGCGGGGUUGCAGGCGACGCUCAUCAUCCGCCACCCGCACAGCCAGAAGCUCUUCGUGAACUUCGACGCGCAGGUGCUGCAGCUCAUCCGCGAGGCCAAGUGCCUCACGCGCAUGGGCAUCGACAUCCCCGAGGAGUCGCGCAUGGUGCUGAGCCAGGAGGACCGGUUCAAGGGCUUCUACAACGAGCUCAAGUACGCGCUCUCCGAGUACGACCGCGUCUGCGGCCGCAUCCAGCCCCAGACGGCGUCCGUGCUGAGCCCGCACCUCCAGACGUUGGAGUGCAAGCUGCGGCCGGGCAUGGUCACGCUGACCUGGACGAGCAUGAACAUCUCCACGUACCAGGCGCAGGUGCACCUCGCGCUGCAGCAGCUCGAGGACCUCAUCACGAAGAUCAACGACCUCGUGGAGAACCGCAUCGAGAAGAAUCUCAAGAUCAUCGCGCGGACCAUCUUGGUGGAUCUCCCGGAGGACAAGUCCGUGACGCUCGACGAGUUCGUGUCCAUGCAGGAGCUCGCGGUGCGGGAGCAGACGGAGAUGCUCGUGUCGAAGAAUCUCGAAGUAGAAACGGCCGUCGAGGACCUCAUCGCCAUGCUCAAGCAGUUCCCCCUGGACCCCUCCGUGCCCGACCUGCCGGAGCCGGAGCUGUCGGCGCUCCGCGUGCACUACAACCGGAUGACGUACCAGGCGCUGCUCAACUGCGCGCGGAAUUCGCUGAACCAGAUCAAGAAGCGCGUCUGCGCGCGCGGCGGCACGGGGUUCCUGUUCGUCCAGCGGCCCUUCUUCGAGGUCGACGUCCAGCUCAGCGUGCCGUCCGUGCGGCUGUCGCCGUCGCUCGAGGACGUGCAGCGCGCGAUCAACCGGUCCGCCGUCGCCGUUUUAGGCUGCGCGAAGCGCAUGUGGGACUGGGGCCAGCUCGGCAUGCCCGACGAGCGGAAGCGGGCCUUCUUCGACCGCCUGGGCCGCGACACGGAGAUCAUCAAGGUCGCGCUGCUGCUCACGGGCGCGCUCCACGCGACGCGGAACCAGGUCGCGGAGUGCCUGGGCACGUUCAAGAAGUACGACUGGCUCUGGAAGGACGACAAGGACCUGCAGUACCGCAAGUUCGUCGAGGGCAACCCGACGAUCACGGACUACGACGUCGAGCUCCGGCGCUUCAUGGAGAUCGAGCGCGAGAUCGAGCGCAUCCCGCCGAUGCACAACAUCGGCGCGCUCACGCUCAACACGGCGAACCUCAAGCUCCAGCUCCGCGCGGAGUCGCGCCAGUGGAAGAUCCAGUACAGCGCCAAGGUCCACCAGCAGGCGCGCGAGGCCAUGUACAUCCGCGUGACGACGAACAAGCUGCACGUCGAGGUCAAGGACCUCGACAGCCUGCGCUUCGUCAUGACCAUCCUGCGCGAGAUCCGCGAGCGCGAGUCGUCCAUCGAGAUGGAGCUGACGCCCAUCCUCGACAUGUACCAGAUGCUCGAGCACUACCUUCCCGGCGGCUUGGUCGACAAGGACGAGAUGGACCAGAAGACGAUCAUGCGGCCGUCCUGGCGCAAGCUCGUCGACAUGGCCGAGGGCAUCGCCGACACGCUCUCCCAAAUCCAGGGCCAGUACAAGAAGCAGCUCAUCCUCGACGUCCGCGAGUUCGUCGCCGACUGCCGGAGCUUCCGGUCCGACUUCGAGGACAACGGGCCCCAGCAGCCGGGCAUCCCGCCCCAGGAGGCCGUCGAACGGCUGCGGCGCUACAAGGACGAGCUGGGCAUCCGCGAGCGCAAGAUGGAGAUGUACGUCGCCGGCGAGGAGCUCUUCGCGCUCCGCACGUCCAAGUACCCCGAGCUGCUGCGGACGCGCAAGGAGGUCGGGCUGCUCGACCAGCUCUACAGCCUCUACCUCGACGUCAUCCAGGCCGUCGACGGCCAGCGGAGCGUCCUCUGGUCCGACGUGCCCGGCCUGCUCCAGGGCAUGAUCGACGAGACCGCGGCCUUCGACCUGCGAUGCCGCAACAUGCCCAAGCGGCUCCGCGAGUGGCCCGCGUACACGGACCUGCGGACCAAGCUCACGGCGCGACGCCGCGACUUCCAAGAGCUUUUGCCUCUCAUCUCGGAGCUCUCGAAGCCUAGCAUCAAACCCAGGCACUGGCUAGAGCUCUUCGAGACCAUCGGAGCAAGUCUCCCCUACGACAAGGAGGCCUUCCAAUUGCAGGACAUCUUCGAAAGUCCUGUGCUUAAAUUCCGCGAACAAGCGCGCCCCCGCGUCGAGGAGAUAUGCGAGGGCGCAGAUAAACAAUUAGGAAUCGAGACGAAGCUCAACGAUCUGCGGGAGCUCUGGGCGCGGAACGCGUUCACGUUCAGCCAGUGGAAGGGCCGCGACGUCCCCAUCCUGUCCGCCUUCGGGCAGAUCAUCGACGACCUCGAGGAGGCGCAGCUCAACCUGCAGACGCUGCUCUCCAUGCGCCACGUGACGCCCUUCCGCGAGGCCGUGACGCUCCAGCUGACGACUUUGAGCGACACGACGGACACGCUCGAGCUGUGGAUCAAGGUCCAGCUGUUGUGGACGUCGCUCGAGUCCGUGUUCAUGGGCGGCGACAUCGCCAAGCAGAUGCCCCUGGAGGCGAAGAAGUUCGCCAAGAUCGACCGCGACUUCGUCAAGAUCAUGAUCAAGGCCGCGGAGACGCAGAUCGUCGUGACGUCGUGCGGCAACGAGUUGUUGCGCAACACGCUCCCCGUGCUCUACGCGGAGCUCGAGAAGUGCCAGAAGUCGCUCGAGGGCUACCUGGAGCAGAAGCGGUCCACGUUCCCGCGCUUCUACUUCGUGUCGAACCCCGUGCUCCUGCUCAUCCUGUCCCAGGGCAGCGACCCGCUCCGCAUGCAGCCCUACUACGAGAAGGUCUUCGACAGCGUCAACCAGGUGACGCACGACCGCCAGGACAAGGGCAAGAUCGUCGCGCUGAAGAACAUCUCGGGCUCCGACGAGGAGAUUGUGAAGUUAGCGACGAUCGUCCAGGCCGCGGGGUCCAUCGAGGUCUGGCUCGGCGCGCUCGUCAAGGAGAUGCAGCGGUCGCUCAAGGCGCUCUGCGAGGUCGCCGCGGCCCAGUGCGCCGAGCUGCCGCUCGCGGAGUUCAUCGACAGCAACUGCGCCCAGUUCGCGCUCCUGGGCAUCCAGUUCAACUGGACCGCGCAGUGCCAGGAGGCCUUGGACAAGUCGAAGUCGUCGAAGGGCAUCGUCGGCGAGACGAACAAGCAGCAGCUCGCCGUGCUCCAGGAGCUGUCGAGCUGGUGUUUGACGGAUUUGAAGACGAAGAUGAACCGGCGGAAGAUCGAGACGCUCGUGACGAUCCACGUGCACCAGCGCGACGUCUUCGCGGAUUUGGCGCGCAUCUUCAAGGAGCGCAAGCAGCUGGACAGUGGCGACUUCGAGUGGCUCAAGCAGGCGCGCUUCUACUGGCGCAACGACGCGCGGGACCUCCACGGCAACGCGGCCUGCGUCGUGUCCAUCUGCGACAUCGACUUCCAGUACAACUUCGAGUACCUCGGGUGCAAGGAGCGGCUCGUCAUCACGCCGCUCACGGACCGCUGCUACAUCACGCUGAGCCAGGCUUUGGGCAUGCACCUCGGCGGCGCGCCCGCGGGGCCCGCGGGCACGGGCAAGACGGAGACGGUCAAGGACCUGGGCCGCGCGCUCGGCGUUUUUGUGGUGGUCACGAACUGCACGGACCAGCAGCGCUAUACGGACAUGGCCAAGAUCUUCAAGGGCUUGUGCCAGGCGGGCCUCUGGGGCUGCUUCGACGAGUUCAACCGCAUCGAGCUGCCCGUGCUCUCCGUCGUCGCGCAGCAGGUGCUGGCGAUCACGAACGGGAAGCGCGUCGGCGCGUCGACGUUCACGUUCCCGGGCGACAGCCAGGUCAUCCAGCUCAACCUGAACGUCGGCUACUUCAUCACGAUGAACCCGGGCUACGCCGGCCGCCAGGAGCUGCCCGAGAAUUUGAAGGUCCUGUUCCGGAGCGUGUCGAUGAUGGUCCCCGACCGCGAGAUCAUCAUGAAGGUGAAGCUUUGUUCCGUGGGCUACUCCAAGUUCCCCGAGCUCGCGCGCAAGUUCAACGUGUUGUAUCGCCUGUGCGAGCAGCAGCUCUCGAAGCAGAAACACUACGACUUCGGGCUGCGCAACAUCCUGUCGGUGCUGCGGACCGCGGGGCAGACGAAGCGCGACAACCCCGAGGACGACGAGGACCUGCUGAUCAUGCGGACGCUCCGCGACAUGAAUUUGUCGAAGUUCGUCGCCCAGGACGUGCCCCUCUUCCUGAGCCUGCUGGGCGACCUCUUCCCGGCCAUCUCCAUGCCGUCGGGCGGCGGCCACGGCGACCUGCAGAAGGUCGUGUCCGGCGUCGUCGACAAGUACGGCCUCAUCAAGCACCCGUCCUGGAAUUUGAAGGUCGUCCAGCUCUACGAGACGACGCUCGUGCGCCACGGCAUCAUGAUGGUCGGCCCGCCGGGGUCCGGCAAGUCGACGAUCAUCAAGGUGCUCCAGGACGCGCUCACGGCGACGACGGGCGUCCAGAACAAGCGCGUGCGCAUGAACCCCAAGGCCAUCCGCGCGGAGGAGAUGUUCGGCGAGACGGACCGCCUCAGCGGCGAGUGGCUCAACGGCAUCUUCGCGUCCAUCUGGUCCAAGUUCAACGACCGGAGCCGCAAGGACAACACGUGGAUCAUCUGCGACGGCCCCGUCGACGCGGUCUGGAUCGAGAACCUGAACACGGUCCUCGACGACAACAAGAUUUUGACGCUGGCCAACGGCGACCGCAUCCCCAUGGCCGACACGGUCAAGCUCAUGUUCGAGGUCGAGGAUCUGCGGAACGCGUCGCCCGCGACGGUGAGCCGCGCGGGCAUCAUCUUCGUCUCCGCGUCGGAUCUGGACUGGGAGCCCGUGCUCCAGGCCUGGCUCGGCAAGCAGGCCCACGGCGACAUGCUCCGGGGCCACUUUUCCAAGUACCUGGGGAGCUGCAAGUCGCUCCGCGAGCCGGGCAUCGCCUUCGAGUUUUUACGGGGCUCCUGCGGCCAGCCGCUCGCGGUGACGCGCGUCGGAUCCGUCGAGAACACGCUCGUGCUCCUGUCCGCCCUCCUGAAGCACGCGGAGCUGUCCGAGUCGCAGGACGACGCCGACGGCGAGCUCGAGCGCCUCGUGCUCUUCGCCAUCACCUGGGGCAUCGCGGGCCUGCUCGAGGCCGAGGACCGCGCGAAGCUGUGCCGAAUUCAACCACUGUGGGACGCGUGGCUCCGCGAGGGGCCCGCGGCGUCCGCGAACACGCCGCGCGAGGUCGCCGACGGCGAGACCAUCUUCGAGUACGCCGUCAACAUGGAGACCAUGGAGUGGGAGCGCUGGAGCCCCGCGACCUUCAAGGCGCCCCGGGGCGACGUCGACGACUGGAGCUCCGUGCUCGUGCCGACGAUGGAGACGUGCCGGUCGACGGCGCUCAUGAAGUACAUGCAGGAGAUGCACCAGCCCGUGCUCCUCGUCGGCGGGUCCGGCACGGCGAAGACGUCGAACGCGCUCACGUUCUUCGACACGUUCAACGCGGACCACAUGCUCCUGAAGAAGAUGAACUUCUCGUCCGCGACGACGCCGGGCAUGUUCCAGCAGGCCAUCGAGGCCGAGCUCGACAAGCAGGGCGGCAAGAACUUCGGCCCGCCGGGGGGCAAGAAGAUGACCUUCUUCCUCGACGACCUGUCCAUGCCCGAGGUCAACGUCUGGGGCGACCAGCCGACGCUCGAGCUCGUGCGCCAGUUGAUCGAGACGUCGGGCGUCUGCUUCCUCGACAAGGACAAGCGCGGCGACUUCAAGAACAUCGAGAAGCUCCACUACGUCGCGGCCAUGGACCUGCCGGGUGGCGGCAAGAACGACGUGCCGAACCGCAUCAAGCGCCACUUCUUCACGUUCACGAUCAUCACGCCGUCCGAGGCGACGAUCGAGUCCAUCUACGGCCAAUUGUUGGGCUCGCGCUUCAACGCCAAGGACUUUGGCGGGCUCGGCGACUCGUUCCAGGGCUUCGUCGAGCGCAUGCCCGCGACGACGAUGGCGCUCUUCAAGUGGAUGCGCGCGAAGAUGCUGCCGUCGCCGACGAAGUUCCACUACACGUUCACGCUCCGGGACCUGAGCCGCCUCUUCCAGGGCGUGCUGCGCACGCCCAAGUCGACGUUCUCCGGCGACCACGUCAUCGUCCAGCUCUGGCGCCACGAGGCCGAGCGCGUCUUCGCGGACAAGCUCGUGUCGCUCGCGGACGCCCGCCAGCAGAGCUCCGCGGCGUCGCUGGGCGCCGACAUCCACGACAAGUGCAUGGAGCGGGCCCACUUCGUCGACUUUUUGCGGGACGACGAGUACGACGAGGACGGGAUCCUCGUCGCGCUCGCGCCGAAGAUCUACGAGGUCGGCGGGCCGCUCGAGAGCCUGCGGGAGCGCACGCUGGGCUUCCUGGGCCGCUACAACGAGGAGCACCCGGGCCGCAAGAUGAGUUUGAUCAUCUUCGACGACGCGCUGCUCCACCUCAUUCGCAUCUCGCGCGUCUUGGGCAUGCCGCGGGGCAACAUGAUGCUCGUCGGCGUCGGCGGCUCCGGCAAGCAGUCGCUGACGCACCUCGCGGCCUACAUGGCCGGGGCCCAGCCCUUCCAGAUCUCCUUGACGAAGACCUACAACCUGAAUUCCUUCCUCGACGACCUGCGCAUGAUGUACAAGGUCUGCGGCCAGCAGCGGCGGAAGGCGACGUUCAUCUUCACGGACGCGCAGAUCAAGGACGAGAACUUUCUGGAGCUGCUGAACUCGCUGCUCAUGACGGGCGAGAUCUCGGGCCUCUUCCCCAAGGACGAGCUCCAGAUCAUGGCCGGCGAGAUCCGCCAGUUCGCGACGAAGCGGCCCGACUACUCGGACACGCCCGACUUUCUCGUCAAGAACUUCUUCGACACGGUGCGCCAGAACCUGCACGUCGUUUUAUGUUUCUCGCCCGUCAACGCCAAGUUCGCGGACCGCGCGCGCAAGUUUCCGGGCCUCAUCAACGGCUGCGCGCUCGACUGGUUCCUGAGCUGGCCGAGCGAGGCUUUGAUCGCGGUGUCCGAGGGCUUCAUCGGCGCCAUGGAGAUCCAGUGCGAGCCGGAGACGAAGAAGAACCUCAUGCAGCACAUGGCCUUCGUGCACCACAUGAUCGUCGAGUCCUGCGACGAGUACUACAUGAAGAUGCGGCGCCGCGUCUACCAGACGCCGCGGUCCUACCUCUCGUUCCUCGCGGACUACCAGAAGGUCUACGCCGUCAAGCUCGGCGAGAUCGAGCAGAAGGCGUCGCGCGUCCAGGUCGGCCUCGAGAAAUUGCAAAAGGGCGCCGAGGACGUCGAGUCCAUGAAGCUCGUGCUCGCGGACGAGGAGGUGAAGCUCCAGAAGGCCAACGAGGCGACGACGGAGAUGCUCGGCAAGCUCCAGCAGUCGUCCAUGGAGGCGAAGAAGGAGGCCGACGCCGUCGGCAAGAUCAAGGAGUCCUGCGUCGCCGACGCGAAGCGCAUCGCCGGCGAGAAGGCCGAGGCGGAGAAGGAUCUGGCGAAGGCGCAGCCGUUCGUCGAGGAGGCGGAGCGCGCGGUCAACUCCAUCAAGCCCAACGACCUCAACGAGCUCAAGAAGCUCCAGAAGCCGUCGGACAUCAUCAAGCUGAUCUUCGACGUCGUCGGCAUCCUGAAGAUGGAGAAGCUCAACAAGCGGACGUUCCAGUUCGUCCGCGACUCGUACAAGCUCAUGCAGGGCGGGCUGCUGAGCGACGCGCGCUUCCUGCAGAACAUCUUUUAUUUUAGCAAGUACGAGAAGGACUUCAUCAACGACGAGACCAUCGAGCUCAUGGCGCCGUACGUCGAGAUCGAGGAGUACAACACGCUCGUCGCGCGCAACGCGUCCAAGGCCGCGGAGGGCCUGUGCGCCUGGAGCCGGGCCAUGGGCUCCUACCACGAGGCGUCGAAGAUCGUCAAGCCCAAGCUCGAGGCGCUGCGCAUCGCCGAGGCGCGGCUCGCGGACGCGCAGCGCGAGCUCGACAAGGCCGAGGCGAAGCUCCAGGCGUGCAUGGACGUGCUCGCGGGGCUCCAGGCCGACUUCGAGGCCCAGAUGGCCAAGAAGGAGCAGAUCGAGGCCGGCGCGCUCGCCACCCGCAAGAAGAUGGAGCAGGCGACGGCUUUGAUCGGCGGCCUCGGCGGCGAGCGCGCGCGGUGGACCGAGGACAGCCACAAGUUCGACCAGACGAAGAAGGCCCUCGUGGGCGACGUGGCCAUCGGCUGCGCCUUCGUGUCCUACUGCGGCCCCUUCAACCAGGAGUUCCGCGACUACAUCGUCCACAACCGGCUCACGUCGGACCUGAAGAAGCGCGCGGUGCCCUGCUCGCCGAGCCUGGACAUCAUCCCGCUCCUCGUCGACGUCGGCGAGAUGGGCGACUGGAACCUCGAGGGCCUGCCGACGGACCCCCUGUCGAUCCAGAACGGCAUUUUGGUGACGCGGUCGUCGCGCUACCCGCUCCUCAUCGACCCCCAGGGCCAGGCGCUGAACUGGAUCAAGUGCCACGAGGAGGCGCGGCUGCCCACCUUCGGCCCGACGUCGCUGAACAACCCGCGGCUCCGGGACCAGGUCGAGUUCACGAUGGCCGAGGGCCGCGCGCUCAUCGUCACGGGCAUCGAGGAGGAGCUCGACCCCAUGCUCGACCCCGUGCUCCAGAAGCAGGUCAUCGUCAAGGGCAAGUCCAAGUACAUCAACAUCACGGACAAGCUCUGCGAGUACCAGGACGAGUUCAUGCUCUACCUGACGACGCGGCUCCCGAACCCGACGUUCAGCCCCGAGGACCAGGCGAAGACGACGGUCGUCGACUUCACCGUGACCAUGAAGGGCUUGGAGGAGCAGCUCCUGGGCCGCGUCAUCCAGAAGGAGCAGCGGUCCCUGGAGGAGCAGCUCAACACGGUGCUCGAGGAGGUGUCGACGAACACGAAGGCGCUGUUACGAUUGGACGAGCUCCUGUUGGAGCGGCUGAGCGCGAACUCGGGCAACCUCCUCGACGACGAGGAGCUCAUCGCCGUGCUCGCGGAGACGAAAACGAAAGCCCUCGAGGUCAACGACAAGCUCAACGCGGCCGCGACGACGCGCGAGUCCAUCAACGACAAGCGCGAGCAGUACCGGCCCGCGGCGACGCGCGGCUCCGUGCUCUAUUUUACGAUCGUCGACAUGUCGCAGGUUAACGUCAUGUACCAGACGUCCCUGGACCAGUUCCAGGCCUUGUUCGACGCGGCCAUGGACCUCGCGGAGCGCGCGUCGCUCGCGAGCCGGCGCGUCGCGAACGUCAUCGACACGAUGACGUACCAGGUCUACCGCGCGAUCUCGCGGGGGCUGUACGAGAAGGACCGGCUGUCCUUCAAGCUGCUGCUCCUCUUUACGAUUUUGGUGACGGCCGAGCGCCUGAAGCCGCCGGACGUGACUUUGUUUUUAAAGGGAGGCGCGGCGCUCGACAUCAACUCGGUGCGCGCGAAGCCCAUGCAGUGGCUCACGGACACCGCGUGGCUCAACGCGAUACAGUUAUCCAACGAGAACGCCAUCUUCAAGCAGCUGCCCGAGGAGCUCAUGCGCAACGACGCGGCCUGGCGGUCCUGGUACGCGGAGAACGAGCCCGAGGCGCGCGACAUCCCAAUGUACGAGACGCGGUUCACCGCGGACAAGGCGUCCAUCGGCCAGUUCUCGCGCAUGCUCCUCGUGCGCGCGCUCCGCGAGGACCGCACGAUCUUGUGCGUCAACGACUUCAUCCGGGGCAUGGAGACGCUGGACGUGGGCGGCUUCAAGCUGCCCGCGCUGGGGCCCAAGUACGUGCAGCCCAUCAACGAGACCAUCGAGAUGAUCUUCCCGAACAUGUCGCCGCCCGUGCCCGUCAUCUACCUCUUGAGCGCCGGCGCGGACCCGACGGACUCGGUAGAGACGCUGGCGCGGAAGAAGAAGAAGGUCGUGACCUGCGUGUCCAUGGGCGAGGGCCAGGAGCCCGUCGCGCUCCGGGCGAUCAACAACGCGACGGUGAACGGCGACUGGGUGCUGCUCCAGAACUGCCACCUGGGCCUGCCCGAUCAUCUCUCGGAACGGCCUCGAAGCGUGGGUGCUGUUUCCGGAACGCGCGCGCGCGGCACACUCACGCUCUUCAUCACGACGGAGCCGCACCCGAAGUUCCCCAUCGGGUUGCUCCAGCUCGCGAUCAAGGUCACGAACGAGCCGCCGUCGGGCCUGCGGGCGGGCCUCAUGCGGUCCUACACGGUCAUCAUCGACCAGGACCGCAUGGAGCGCAUCGAGACGGCCCAGUGGCGGUCUUUAGUCUACGCGCUCUGCUUCCUCCACUCCAUCGUGCAGGAGCGGCGCAAGUACGGGUCCAUGGGCUGGUGCAUCCCCUACGAGUUCAACGACGGCGACCUCAACGCGUGCCUCACCUUCCUCGAGCGCCACCUCUUCCACGGCCAGCUGUCCUGGCCCACGCUCCAGUACAUGGUCUCCGAGGUCCAGUACGGCGGCAAGAUCACGGACGAUCUGGACCGGCGGCUCUUCAAGACCUACGGCGAGACGUGGCUGACGCUGGCGACGACGAAGCCCGGCUUCAAGUUCAACCCGGAGCAGACGCUCCAGAAGCUGCCCGACGACUUCGUCUACUCCGUGCCCGCGGGCGACACGUUCGACGACUUCGCGGCGUUCACGCGGACGUUCCCCGAGGUCGACAGCCCCGAGGUCUUCGGGCUCCAUCCCAACGCGGACCUCACCUUCCGGAACAAGGAGGUGCAAAAUUUAUUGAACACGAUCCUGGAGACGCAGCCCAAGUCGGGCAACGUCGGCGGCGGCCGGACGCGCGAGGACGUCGUCUACGAGAAGUGCGAGGAGACGCUGUCGCAGAUGCCGGCGGACUACGUCGAGGAGGACUCCAUGCGGUCCCUGGACCUGAGCCAGCCCCUCGACGUGUUCCUGGCCCAGGAGGUGCAGCGGUUCCAGCUGGUGCUCGACGACGUCCGCGCGGAGCUCGGGACGAUGCUCGGCGCGAUCCGCGGCGAGGUCGUCAUCACGAAGCAGAUCAUCGACGCCAUCAACAGCGUCUACGACGCGCGCGUGCCCCACUUCUGGACCUACAACCCCGCGGGCGACGAGAUCUCGUGGCUCGCGCCGACGAUCGGGUUGUGGGUCUCGGGCCUCGCCGCGCGCGACAAGCAGCUCCGGGACUGGCUCGGCGCCAAGGGGCGGCCGAAGACCUACUGGUUCCCGGGCUGGUUCAACCCGGCGGGGUUCCUCACGGCCGUGCAGCAGGAGGUGACGCGCGCGCACGCCGCGGACAAGUGGGCGCUCGACGGCGUCGCGCUCAACUCCGAGGUCACCGAGUACGACCGCGUGGAGCAGGUGCGCAACCCGCCGCCCGAGGGCGUCUACAUCUCGGGGCUCUUCCUCGACGGCGCGACCUGGGACAAGUCCGUGAACUCGCUCGCGGAGUCCGCGCCCAAGGUCCUCUUCUGCGACAUGCCCAUCCUCUUCGUGACGGCCGUGACGAAGAGCCAGCGCAAGGGCGCGGACCUCGGGCCCUUCGGGGGCUUCGUCUGCCCGGUCUACAAGUACGUCAAGCGCACGGACAAGUACAUCAUCUUCUCCGUGACCCUCGCGUGCCAGCAGAAGCCCGAGCACUGGAUCCUCCGCGGCGUCGCGCUCCUCUGC